AUGUCCACCGACGAAACAUGUUCAUCCAACCAUACGCAGCCUCGACGGUCUUCCACCAACGCACCAGCUGUCAUACCUGCCCGUUCCGCGCCUACCGUAGGUUCAAGUCUUACGACACCUGUCCACAGAGCCUAUCUCAGCUUGAUAGAUCGCACCGGACAUCCACGCUUUGACAUAUCCCCCCUUUGGAACAACCCCUCCGCGCUCAACGAACUCAUCUCGGAUAUCGUUGCAUACUUCCCCAUCGCAGAUUUUGAUCGCAUCGUCGCCCUCGAUGCUUUGGGAUUCAUCCUCGGCGGUGCGCUGGCUAUCCGCACCGGCAGACCCUUGGUUACAGUCCGUAAAGGCGGAAAACUACCUCUGGACUUUACGCGCAAAGUGGCCGUAACUUUCAUGGACCACGACGGCGAAAAGACCAUGGAGGUACGGCGCGACCUCGUUCCGCCCGAGGCGCGCCUCCUGCUUGUGGACGAGUGGAUUGGCACUGGGGCGCAGGUGAAGCAUGUUGCGGCGAUGCUCAAGGAGCUUGAGUGCGUCGUUGUGGGGGUAGCGACUGUUUACUGCUUUCCGGACCAUGAUGGUGCGAUGGAGAUAGCCAGAACUUUCAAGCUGUUUGCGGCAAAUUGUCUUGUUUGCACGUAUUUUGAGUGCAGAUGUAACUAG